AAUAAAAGUUGAAGUGCCUAAAUCUACAUUCUCAUCAAAAGAUAUUUAUCUGUCUUUUUAGUUACAGAAGACAAAUAUAUCCACUAUUGUAAAUGGUAUAUGCGGAUAUCUUCCGUUAUACUUUUAAAACAUUGGUGCCAUGCCAUUCAAAAACUAGAAUAUACAUACCGUUUAUACUAACGGACAUAUACGUGUCAUAAUCUUAUCCACUAACAACAACUUAUUAAAUAUCAUAUCGACCGAUAAGAUUGCGCCACAUGUCCCUAUUUAGUCUUCCGUUAGAGUGAAGGAAGUACGUGCUCUAGCUUUCUGACGGCAGGGACAACAAUAUCUCAAAAGUAUGAUGGGGAUAUUUACAUACAAUUUGCGAUAAUCCAAGGGUAUAUUUGUCCUUUUCCCAUCUAUGUAUAAUGCCCUUUUUUUUCCCAAGUAACCAUAGAUACCUUCAAAUUAAACAACAUUUUUCCUAAACAAACUAGUCAUUAUACCUUGAUUAUCUACUAUAGUCUUCCUUUUUAUCCUCCACCAUUUGCCCAUCCCAAAGCUAAAAGCUUUUUCUUCUCCCUCACUCUUUUGUCCACUUCUACAAGAACCCAAGAAAAGCUUUACCUUUUCCAAGCUAAUACUAAAUUAAACUAACCAACUUUUCUCAUUGAAAGUUACCCACCUCAAAUCCAUCAUCACUACACACUACACCUCCCCACAUCUCCAUUUUCAUCAACCAAGUAAAGGGUAUUUCUCUGUUUCUUGAACUAUAGCUUCAAAACCCUUUGUUCAGUUCUUUCAGACAAAAUAUCAAACAGUUAGAGUGCAACAACAAAACCCACCUCAAAUUCAUCACCACUACCUCCUACAGUCUUGUUGGAGGAAAGAAAAACUGGGUCUUUACCUGUUUCUGGAACUGUAGCUUCAAUCUCUUUUUUUGAGUUCUUUCAGGCAAAAUAUCAAACACAUAGAGUGCAACAAUGAGCUAACAUUUUGUGUCAAUUGGUGAUGAUACAGAAAGAGAUUACCUUGUUUUUACUCAAUGGGAAGACGACAAAUUAAUGGUGGUAUUGAUUUUUGGGGAAUCGUGCCACCGCCGAGUAUGGCUCCGGCAGAAACAAAUGGUGGUGGUGAACUAGAAGGAGAUCACUGGAGAAACUUUGACAACUCUGUAAAUGCUGUAUCGUUUGGUUUCGUUGCGACUGCUAUUCUUAUUUCUAUGUUUUUAGUAAUGGCGAUUUUCGAAAGAUUUCUCCGGCGAAGACCGUCGUCUUCCGGUGGUGAUCGGAAUAGUUCCGAUCAAAUGAGAGUUCAGAGGAAACUUGAUUAUCCUUCUCCUGAGAUGACUUUUUACGUGAAUGGAGUAUCAGUACUGAUGCCUGGGGAAGAAGUUCCUACCUUCAUCGCACAUCCUGUACCCGCGCCUUCUCCUAUGGAAUCUACAUCUCAACCCCUUCAUCACCAAAACGACGCGUCUCCUUCAAGAUCAGCCUCAACUUCUACUAGUCAUAGCUCCAGUUGACAACAAUACAGAUAUGACAUUGAAAUUUAUGGUUGUCACAAUCACAAAAAACUCUAUGUGUAAGUAGAUAUUUGUUAGGAAAAAUGUCCACUCAUACAUUAAAACUUGAGGGCUUUUUAACCUUGAGGAACUUGUUAUUGUAUUUACAUUAUAGUGUAAUAUGAUUUGAACACUGGCUUUCUUAUUCCAACCCCUUCUUUAUAUGGAA